CCUCCGCUUCACGGUUUUCUCUUGAAUGAAGCUCCGCCUCUGAGUCGGCGAAGAUCAUCAGUCCGUGUGGAUCCGUGUCCGAGAUGAGCCUUCAGCCAGGGGGUUAGACACUGAGCGUGAGACAGCUAAGCGGUCCCUGAGUGAGGGAGACAGAGACGAGCCGGACACAGCUCGAGCCGCGAGCCGGGAGAGGAGGCGAUGAUGGCGGCGGCCAUAGAGAGAGGAGGGGUCCGGGCCGCCUUCAUGAACCCAGGCACAGGAGGCGUCGGUGUCGGUGUCGGUGGUCUCGCACCGGGGGUCGGGCUCGCUGCUCCCGGAGCCAUGACCGGAGCUGCAGCUUCAGCCUCGGGCUCUUCGGGUCCGGUUCCUGUUCCUAUGAACCUUUUCGCGACGUGGGAGAUCGACAGAUCCUCUCCCAGCUGCGUCCCGAGGCUGUGCAGCCUCACACUGAAGAAGCUGAUUGUUUUGAAGGAGCUGGACCGGGAACUCAACUCUGUGGUCAUCGCUGUCAAGAUUCAGGGGUCUAAACGUAUCUUGAGGUCCAAUGAGUACAUGCUCCCUCCCAGUGGCCUGAUGGAGACAGACCUGGAGCUCACUUUUUCCCUACAGUAUCCUCACUUCCUAAAGAGAGAUGCUAACCGCUUGCAGAUCAUGCUCCAGAGGAGAAAGCGCUAUAAGAACCGGACUAUCCUGGGCUACAAGACGCUCGCUGUGGGGGUUAUUAACAUGGCAGAGGUGAUGCAGCACCCGACAGACGGAGGACAGAUUCUGGGUCUCCAUAGCAAUGUAAAGGAAGCCCCUGUACGUGCAGCGGAGUUAAGCGUGUAUUCUCUGUCCAGCCAGCCCAUCGACCCUGAGGAUGGCAGUGGACAGCCAGGGGCAAAGGUCAAAGCGUCAGAUCGAUCUCCAGAUAUGGAUAACUAUUCAGAAGAUGAUGACGACAGCUACUCAUCAGAGCAGGAGGCCAGUGACGAUGCUGUUCAGGCCCAAGACCUGUAUGAUGAGGACGAUGAUGUCCAGCGAAAGCCAAAGAAAACAAGACGGAAAAUGAUCCGAACUACCUCCAUAACUCGGCAACCUAAUUUCAAGCAGAAGUUUGUUGCCCUCCUGAAGAGGUUCAAAGUUUCAGAUGAGGUUCUGGACUCAGACCCGGUGGAUCAGACCCAGGAGGUGGAGGAGGAUCUGGACCUGCUGUACGACAGCCUGGAGGUGUACAACCAGAGUGACAGCGGGCCAGAGAUGGAGGACAACGACAGCGUUCUCAGCACCCCUAAACCUAAGCUCAAGCCAUUCUUCGAGGGCAUGUCUCACUCCAGCUCUCAAACUGAAAUCGGGAGCUUGCACAGUCAGAAGAGUCAGUCCAGAGAACAGUCUACUGCUAGUGGAGACCUGCUGGCAGCAGAGAAGGACAGAGCAACGGCUGGGCGAUACCAGGAUGAGACAUCUGUAGUGGACACUCUAGCAGGGGAGGCGGCUGAGGAGGACGCAGGAGUGGGAGGAGCGCCAAGCCAACAUGAUGCCAGCCUGAGCUGGGACAUGAGUGCAGAGAAAUUGGCCAGCUCAGUGGGCAAAAUCUGCAAGACCGAGUCUCAGAAUAUGAUGUCUCCUAGUAAAAUGGACAGCAAGCUGCAGAGACGACCACGCAGCACCUCUAUGAAGGACAGACAGAGUUCGAAAGCUCAGAGCGACCGCACCAGUAGCAUCGACAGUGAAACCUCCCCUGACUCCAGACUCACUGUGCAGGUUCCCAGGAAGUCAGUGUACGAUCAGCUCAAUCACAUCCUCAACUCAGACGAGCAGCUGCCGGAGAGCAUCAUCCUCAUCAACACUACCGACUGGCAGGGCCAGUAUCUGAAUGAGAUCCUCCAUGAGCACAAGCAGCCCAUCGUCUCAACCAUCUCUGCCGCUGACGUGCAGGCGGCCUUCAACACCAUCGUCACCAGGAUCCAAAGAUUCUGUAACUGCAAUGCACAGACGCCUCCCACCAUUAAGGUGGCAGUGGCAGGAGACCAGAGUUACCUGAGCACUGUGCUGAGGUGCUUUGUGGAGCAGCUCGCUAACAAGACACCUGAUUGGCUGAGCUACAUCCGCUUCCUGGUCAUUCCUGUCGGUUGCAACCCUGUGGCGAAGUACAUCUCAUCUUUGGAUAAUAAGUUCAACAGCAUUUUCUUGGACGCUGGCUGGAGAGAUGUGUUUGGGAGGUUAGAGGCUCCAACAUCAGACAACAUUGAUGUGGCUGGCCGAGUGUCUCAGUAUCUGGCAGGAGCAAACAUGUCCCAUCACUUCCCCAUCUCUGAGGCCAUGCUCACGUACAAACAGAAAAGCCCUGAUGAGGACUCAUGCCAGAAGUUUGUGCCGUUCAUUGGGCUGGUGAAAGUAGGCAUUGUUGAGCACAACCUGUCCACGUCAGUGGAUUCCGACGAUGCCAACGUUAUGGGCAGUAUGAACAUGCUGUCUUCACCUCCAGCCCAGACAGGGGCACCAUAUGGGAAAGACAUGACCUGCACUCCUCCCUCCUCUCCCUCUGUCUCAGCUAGUCUGUCUGGAGCAGGUUCUCCAGGUUCAGGUGGAGAGGUGAUGGGACUGCAGGUGGAUUACUGGACAUGUCAGGGUGCAGAGAAGAAGAAGGACGGAGAGAAAAGAGAUGUGGGGAUGAAGAACACGCUGAAGAGCAACUUCCGCUCUCUGCAGGUCUCACGCAUCCCCAGUGGAGGAGAGCUCACGCCACCUCACGGCAUGGCCAUGACCGUCGUCAUGAAAGAGAAAAAUAAGAAAGUGAUUUUCCUCAGCAAGAAGCCGAAGGAAAAGGAUGUGGACUCGAAGAGCCAGGUGAUCGAUGGUAUUAGUAGGCUGAUCUGCACGGCCAAACACCAACACACCAUGCUGAGAGUUUCCAUUGAUGGUGUGGAGUGGCACGAUGUGAAGUUUUUCCAGCUGGCUGCGCAGUGGCCCACCCAUGUAAAACACUUCCCUGUGGGAAUCUUCGGCUAUACCAAGCCCCUGUGACGAGCCCGUGACACUCUGGAACUUUCUCUGCCACACGCCUCAUGAAACAAGGGAGAGCCUGCCUGAGGAAAAAGGGAGACUGAAAUUUAAAAAAAAAAAAAAACCUGAAAUGUGGAUUUUCCUGUGGAAAUGCUCUGAAGCCCGCGUCCCAAACUACAUGGAUGUUGUUAUUAAUGUUCUGUUCUUGGCUGUUGCACCAGCAAAAGGAAGAAGGUUUGUUUGCUGCCAUUUUUGUAUACAUAUUGUGGUUAGAAUUUUGUAGCCACCACGUAAUGGCAGCUUGGUUUUGCACUUUGUUUGGUUAGUAUUUUUAUUAUUUCAAUGAAAUCCUGUGGUCGUAUUUGUUCUGUGUACAAGGUGGUGUGUGUGUGUGUGUGUGUGUGUGUGAUGGUGACAGUGGUGCAGAAGUGAGGGUGAUUGUACUGAAAAAAAAUGA